AUGAAAGUGAACACCUCGCUCCGAGCAUUCCGGUUUCGGGGCGGGUUCAGCUCAGGGCGGUUUGGGUUUCUAGACCUUAUCCCCGUUACCCCCCGCCUUCGACUGACACUGGAACACCCCCCACCCGCCAUCCCCCCCCGUCCGGGCCCCAUCCCUCGCCUGCCUCGCCAUCACCGCCACCUUCGGGUGGUGUGUUACUGCUUUUAUUCGUACUUUAAAUGGGGAACCGUUUUGAAGGCCCUGCGAGUUCGAGACCUCAAAUUGCUGACUUUGGCGCUACAGCCGCUUCAGGAGGCUGUAGCACAGCUCACAAGUGCCGUACAGCUGCUGGGUGAGCAGGUGGACCUCACGGGGGGUCGGGAGGGCUUGCUGAUGGCGGCGGCGGAUGGGGAAGACGACGGCGAGGAGGAGGAGGAGUACGGCAAUGCUGGCGGCGCGCUGGCGGCGGCGGCAGCAGCAGCAGCACAGCAAGUGAAGGCGGUCCCGGCACGUAAAACACCGGCGGGGGCGUCGGCGGGGCGAGCGGGCAAGGGCCGUGGUGGUACGGCUGGUGACGAGCUGGGUCCUUUGGAUCGCGAAACCGCGGUGUCUUGGCUGUUGGGCGGCAUGCUGCCCCUUCAUGCGGCCUGUGUGGAAGCCCUGGCCUACAGAGCAGCAUGGCUGGGAAUGGACAUAGGGCCUGGCUGGCACUGGCCCCAGGAACAGCCGAUUGCCGUACCGGCCAGUACGGCAGCCCUGAGGGGGUCGGCGACGGCGACGACAGCCCCCCAGCAGCUGCGGGAGGGGGAAGGCGGUGUGGCGGUGAUUGCGGUGGAGGAUGGUGAACUGGAGGAGCAGCAGGCAGAGGCGAUGGCGGAGCUUAUCGGAAGCCUGGCGUCGUACGUGGAUGUGAUAGCACAGGCACGUGAUGUCGUACACUUGUUGUACUUUAUUAUUAUUGCGUUGGUACAUGCAAGCAAGUUGGUGCUGCUUCCCGGCUCUGAGAUUCACACCCAAGCCGCCGCCCGGCUUUUAACUCUGAGCCGCCGCUACCUGGGCCCGAUGGACCGAGUAGCCGGAGAAAUUAGUACGGCAGUGUACGAUGCGCAUGUACUGCGGUAUGGCAAGUUGGACGAAGAUACGUUUGAGCGGCUACUGGCGGCAGGCAUGGAAGCGAUGGCCGCUGCGAGGCGCCGCGAGGCGGAACUGCGGCCGGAGCCAGUUGGUGGUGGUGAUGGUGGCGAGUAUGAUGGUGUGGUGGAAGGAGAAACAGAGGACCUUGAAGAGUUGUUUUUGGAGGACCAGCGAUUGCGCGAGGAGGCGCACGCUGCUGCUGCUGCGGCGGCGGCGGCGGUACAGCCGCCUCGGUCUUCUUGGCCGCUUGGCCGCGGUGAUGAUGGACAGGCGCCGCGCAGGGUGACGAGGGCUGCGACACCGGUAGUGCGGCAGCAGCAGCAGCAGCAGCUGGAGGAGGAGGAGGACGAGGAGGAGGAGGAGUUACCGGAUGGCGUCACUGUAGCCCGUGGGCCCAUAGCCCAUGGCGGCAGCCCCCCUGGAGCUCGUGGUGGUGGUGGUGGAGGUGGUGGUGGCGGCAGCCGCCGCCGUGCUGUCCUGGCGGAGGCCGAACAAGACCUGCUGAAGGUCCUGGACUCCUCGCGGUCACGGAGGUCGGUGCCGUCAGUGCCGUCUGGCGCAUCAGCACCACCGCGGAUGAGGAGGCCAGCCAGCGUCGCGCCGCGGGAGGCGGCGGCGGAGGAGGAGGACGCGGACAGGGGAGGUGACGAUGUAGCCGCCGCAACUGUACGGCGCCUCUUGCGGCGAGAUGAGGCUCCGAGAGCUGGUCUGUCAGCGGAAGGGUACGACAAUGGUGCGGCGGCGGCGGCUGAUGUUAACGAAGAAGAAGAAGAGGAGGAGGAGGAGGCUGGUGGUGGUGGUGGUGGUGGGAGGAAAAGGGAAACGCGCGGGAAGGUUUUGGUUGUGCGGUUUGAAUCCUGCGGUUUGAAUUUAAAGUCAGAAUUUUCGCAGUACAAGUACGACACUUGAGAACGACAUUGCCGUAUACGUCAACUCUUGCGUCCACCAAACCCCGCGCAAAAGGACGCGAUCCACAAUUUGAUGUUUUAAUAAAUCCUAGGCCGCGCGCGCACAAUAAGUGCCUGUUAAGGAUUGAAGAAAAGAAAAGAACGGAAGGAAGGAAAGAAGUCGGCCAAGUUCUCUACACCCAGAUCCUCAAUUGGAAUGGUUUAAAAUCCGCUUAGAAUCCAUUUAAAUCCUCGAUUACUCAUUCCUUAAAACCAUACCGCAUUCUAUGCCUCGCAAAAAACGAGCACGCGCUGCACAAUGUGUUGAAAUUUGUCCAAGGCGGGUUAGGUCUUGCUCACGGAAAUGCACCCCCUGCAGCCCACAACCCUCAUCAUCCAGUCAAGUUUGUGUGACGUAUGACACAUACAUACAUACAUACAUACAUACACACCUCAUUGUCGUGAUUGGCUCCAUAAAAGCCUAGACAAGACAAGAACGACUCCACGAAAAGAAGUACAAACUGUUUUAACGACGAGGUUUCCCAAGCCAACUGCGCUUUCCCCAGCCAACUACCAACCGCCAACUGCGACUAGAUGCACUUCAUCUCCACAUCCAGCCUCUCCCUGGAAUGAGGAGACACCAUGACGGGCCCGCAUAAGCGGAAUGCGCAGUCAAACAUACACACAUACAUACAUACACUAG